AAAAAGUCGAAGUCAAUUUUCAAACUGUAUCUGUGAAAGUUUAAAAGGAUGUCCGAUCUCGGAACUGUUCAACUUCACAGAUAUUUUUAUGCUCGUAAAUCACCCAUAAAUUUAAAGAUCAUGAACAUUGAACAUGAUAUAUUUUUCUUUGCUUAUUGACAAUUGUGUUUCGCUUAAUUGGCGAAAUUUAAGAAUAGUAAACAUAAUCGACUAUAUUUGCUAACCUUGAAUAAAUGUUCAGUACUUGUUAAAAGCUACGAAAAUUAAAAACAUCGUAAAAUGCCCUAGUCUAAUUUUCAAAUUAAAACAAUCUGAUAAUAUGCCACCAAAGAAAGUUGUUAAAACAUUUAAUAAAACUAUCCAAGAAAAAGUAAAGCGACGACGGACGAGAAAAGAAAAAUGUUUACCAUUAAGUGAAACAGGAGAGAAUACGAAAAUUCAGGAUAUAGAUGUAUCAUUUGUCUCAGAUGACGACCAGCAGAAGGACAGGUUGGUGAGUUUAAAGAAGAAUGAUAUCAACAUUAUACUGGCAAAUGAAGUAGUGGGAAGACAAUUCAAAAAACAAACAAAAUUAAAGGACCCAGCAGAUGCAAUAGUUUUAAAUAUAUUGAAACAGCCGAAAGAUAAAUUAAAUACGAAAAAAAAGACAGUAUUAAAGAGAAAGAUUCCAUUGAAAAAUAACAAAGUUAUAAAAAAAGAAUCAGUUAACUGUGAAGAGGAACCAGUAAAAAAGACAGGUAGACGUCGUAUUCCACCCAAGACUUUUGAAGAUGUAUCGAAAGUAAUAGAAGAAUGUGACUCGCCCAAAGAUAUCAUUGAAACAGGGCCUGUAUUAUGUCAAAAUGAAACGAAAAAACCUAUUAAACUAAGGCGAAACAAAACUGUUCCAAAACUAGAUCUAGUUGAAAACAAUGUAACAUCUGAGGAAAAUCUCGAUACAACAAAAUCAAAGACACCCAGGAGGAAGGCGACCCUUAAUCGUAAUAUCGCAAGGGGUAGACCGCGGACGCGUAAAAAAGCUGACGAUGAUACAAAAGAAUCACAAACGGAAGCUACUACGACAGAAAAUGUUACGUCACGAAUAGAGACUAUUGAAAAUGUUAAAAAACAAGAUAUCCUCGACGUUAGAAGAAAUUCAGUAGCAAGUUUGUCCGAACUAUCGUGGACUAAAGACAUAUCUAGCAGCAGUACAACCACCUGUGUCACGGUGUGUUCGAAUGAUUUCUUCCUCAUCGAUAAAAGGAUCCCAAUUAUAAAGCUAACAAAUGUUGACCAUAGAUUAAUAGGCGAGGAGAACAACAAUGUUAGUAAUGUUGGCCCAACAGAAACAAUAGCGGAACAAUAUGAAGAUGUGUCUAAGGAAACUAUAAAUGCACAUUGUACAGAGUCAAAUGAAAAACAUUGCGUAGAUGAAGUAGAGUGUCCAUGUCCCAAAUCUCCUAAUUUAUCCUCUUCUUCCUCCGAUUCUUGUUCAGAUCGAGCAAAUUCAGGCCAAAAUGUAUCGACAGCUAUCAAUAAACUUAGUAAUACAUUAGAAAAACUAUCUACAAAACUUAAAAAUUUUGAUUUAGAAAUUAUAAACUGGAUCGGUUACACAGAUGACAAAAUAAAUACAAACAUAGAGAAGAUUCAAGGUAAAAUAUACCACGAUAACUUUUUAAAAGAAGAAAUGAAUGUUAUUAUUCAUUGUAAAAAUAUAAAGCGAAUUUUAUCUGAAGACGAUCCGAGUCCAGAGCCACCAGAAUUUAAAAAGACUGAUAAUAAUGUUAUAGAAACUGAUCGUGAGAAUGAAACUGAUAAAAAUACUACUUUACCUGAACCUCAUAAACCCAUAGAAGAUAAAUUCAAUAGUCCUAAAGAGCCUAUAAAAAUUCUUUCUAACGUCAUCGUACAAAGAAAGACUUGCAAAGAAAUGGAUACAGUCGAAAAUAAAUCUGAGGACGAUUGCAACUAUGCUUCAUUAGAUGGAGACGACGAAGAUGACGCUUUAUCCUUAUUUGCGGAAAGUAUAACUGGCAUCGAACCGUCAGCAAGGAAUAGCACGGCAUCUUGUGGAAACGAAUGUCCGAAAGAAAUUGAAGAAUAUGUUCCAGAAUCAUUAGUCAAAAAUACGAUUACGUCUCUUGUAACUAGUGCAUAUCAUCCUACAAGAAUUACCAAUAAUGCACAAUUGAAGGAUCCGGAAGACGAGUCGGUUCUCGUCUGUGAAAAACAAAGUGCCGAUUCCACGUCCGUAAACAGAGAACAGGAGAAUGAUAAGAACCUAGUAGAGACGGAGAACAGAUUUAAAAUUCAAUCGAAAGAUGUCGAAGAAAUUUCUAGAAAACAAAACGGUGUCACGAAAUUGAUCUCACAGAAUCAACUUUUAAUGUCUUCCAUGUAUAAACCGAUAUCCGGUGUUAAAAGUAUCGUUUUCAAAGGCGUCUGUUUCUAUAAUCUCAUUUCGAAAUGCAAAAAGAAUGGCUGCAACUUUCCCCACGUGCCAGUCGGGACCGACAGCGUUAAGAUGAAGUUGAAAGUGUACAGCGACGCGACCCUCAUCCAGGAGUACAUGCUGAUGCGCAACUGGCCCAGCCUCCGCCAGAAGUACGGGAUGUGCUUCGUCGAGGAGUUCGUCAAAAGGAACCUAUCCAAGAUCGUCGUCGAAGUCGCGUUAGACUUCAUCAUCAAAGACAACAACAAGGCGUUGAUCGUAGAUGUCGUUGAGUGUGUUCUGUUGUACUUGAACAUGGUGGAUCUGAGUAGCAUCGAAGACUUGCUGACGUUCAAUAUUAAAGCGAGCACGACGCUCUUGUGUGAUAUUUUUAUAAGUACGAUCGCGGAGUCGCAGAACUUUUCGAGAUUCAAGAGUGUUUUUAUAAAUUUGACCGACUUAAUGUAUCGUAUCGGGAGAAGUUUCAGCGAAGAUGUCGCCGGACACGUUUUGGAACGACUCGUAAUCUUGCCGUACGACGAGGGACUGGCGCGAGCGCUUCUGAAGAUUGUUAGGAACACCGACGUCAGUAUAUACUCCAACUCCAUGGCGGGUCAUUUAGAACAGCAGCUGCUAUCCUCAAACAUUUCACUCUACGAAGAAUUUAUUUCAUUGAAAAAUAAAGCGUUAAGUCAAUCGGCUCUGGACAGCUGCUACUCCGACGUGGAACGGUCGAAGCAACUCGAUAAAGAUGUGAGAUGCUCGCCGGAUACGACUAAUUUGGAUAAUAUGAACAAGUCUUCCGUUGAAACAAAAUUCACAAGAACGAUAGACCUCAACAAAAUAAAUUCUCUAAAUACAAAUAGUCAGGUGACUGAAAUAAAAUACGAUAAAAGAUAUAAUCACAGUAAACAGUUUAUGAGUUGGAGGGAUAGAAAUUCAUACGGCAACACCAGAACCGCGCCUAGGAGUACAGCAAUGCGGCCGCCAUUGAGGCCUCCGUUCAAACGACGGUCAGAUCAGAAGUUUGACGGAAGCCCCAGCAAAUAUCAACGAAGAAAUGGAUCUAAUGUUUUUAAAGAUUUUUCUUAACUAAUAAGUUUUUUUUAACAAUCCUAAGUGAUCCUUUGUACAGUUACUUUUAAGCCUACUGUGACUAUAAACUAUGUUAAUUGUUACUUCAAUUAAAGAUAAUAUUCUUUA